AUGCAGGGGACAAAAAGCCCCAUCAAGUGUAAGGCAGGGACCGUCAAUCCAAAGACUGGCCAGGGAGAUCCAUCUGCCUGCGUACCAGUCUCUGCCGGGCAGUAUGCAUCGAAAGACGGGCUCUCACAGGCUGAAGGACCUUGUGCAGAGGGAUAUCAAGAGGGGGCUAGGAGUGAAGAGGAGUGCGACAAAUGCCCUCAGGGCUACUAUUGCGAAGAAAGCGCUACCCCAAAGAAAUGCCCGGAAGGCCACUACUGCGAGUUGGGUACAGUUGAACCGAAAAAAUGCCCAGCGGGAACAUUCAGUAAAACAACGGGGAACGCUUCUGUGUAUGACUGCACGGACUGCCCUCCUGGGAAAUACUGUGAUUCUGAAGGCCUUCCACAGCCAUCAGGUCCUUGUAGGGCAGGGUACUUGUGCUACAAGCGAGCUACGACGGAUCAGCCAACAGACGGAGUUACGGGGGAGCUAUGCACUCCUGGAGGAUACUGCAAACAACAGGGGGCCACCACAAAAUCCUAUUGCCCUCGAGGUAAAUACAAUCCAAACAGGGGAGGGUCGACAUCAGAUGACUGCGAAGAAUGUCCGCCUGGCUACUUUUGCACGGGAAGCGAUUCUACGGAGCCCGAUGGACAGCAGUACGUAGCGGCAGUAGGUCACUACGCUGCGCCAGGCUCUUCAAGCCAGACAAAGUGCCCAGCUGGAACCUUUGGCCCGCACGAAGGUCUGGCUGAGUGUUACCUCUGUGCCAGUGGGUGGAUGACUUUAUCAGAGGGCGGAUCGCAGUGUGAACCGUGUUCUGUCGGGGCGUAUUGCCCUGACGAAGGGACCUCUUAUCCACAGCUCUGCCCAGUCGGGACAUACAGGAGUGGUGGUUAUGGCUCCUCAGUUAGCAGCUGCCACCAGUGCCCCCCUCACAAAGCCUGCCCGACAACGGGUGAUUCAGGGAAAACCUUGCAAGACUGUGAACAGGGAUACUAUUGUAUUUUCGGUUCCUCUUCCACCAGACCAUCAAAAGAUGACCCACAUUACGAUAAGAAGAAGGCGGGGCCCUGCCUCCCAGGCAUGUACUGCCCUGGAGCGGAAAUCCCGUCGCCGUGCCCGAGAGGAAAGCUAGGCCUUUCUGAAGGGCAGGUUAGCGAGUCGGAGUGCACUGCAUGCCCUGCAGGAAAGGUGUGCGAGGAUUUAGGGGGCUUGGACAGUUCUCCCUGUCCUGAGGGGUUCUUCUGCCAGCAAGGCACAGCGACAGCUGAACGCACUGCUAACUUAUGUCCCACCGGCAAAUUCUGUCCAGUGGGUAGUGUCGCUGGAGAAGACUGCUCGCCUGGAACAUAUGCGCCUUUUCGCGGGAUGGCCGAGUGCCUGACAUGCCCAGCUGGCUACUUGUGUAAAGAUCCAGUUCUCAAUUUCGACCAGCAAUCAUGUCCAAAAGGACACUUUUGCCCAGCGGUCGAUGAAGCUGGCAUUCAGUCAUGCCCUGGAGGCAAAUUUUCAAACCCUGGAUCAGUGGCAGAUGCCGAUUGUAAAUCAUGCCCUGUUGGGUACUACUGCCCGGAGUCGUCGAGUACUCCAAUUCCUUGCAAAGGAGGAACUUUAUGCAACCAGGGAGGCCAGAGGGAGCCCGCUGACAGUUGCCCGCAAGGAAUGUACUGCGAGGCGGGAACGGCAGAGUACAUUCAGCUAAAUGCACAACAAUGUCCAGCAGGUUCCUACUGUCCAGGAGGGUCUUCUGCCCCGAUUGCUUGUCCCAUGGGAACAUUCGGGGACACUCCAGGGGCUGGAUCAGAUUCAGACUGCGCGCAGUGCCCAGAAGGAAGGUGA